AUGGUGGAGCUUCGCUCUCUCUGGCGGUUUCUCUUAACACCACGAAAAACGUUCGAGAACGACGCGAGACGAACUUCCGGGCGUUUCAGAGCAAGUCAAGCCACCUCGUACCAGACUCUGGGGGGUGCGCGGCGGUCGCUCGUUUGCGUGUCCCUGGGAGAUAGAAUAGACCGGGCGCCUGAGGUUGGAAUGACCCCACUAGCUUCCAGCAGAUGUGUUACGAUGAAGGAACCGCACAAGAAGGCCGCCGACAGGGAGCAUCCAGCAGACGAAACGCAGUCUCAGGGCCCAACGCAGGGAGUCGCUAUGCCGGUAUCUGAGGCGAGCGGGCGGGAGGACGAGGGCGAGCGAGGGCGAAGAUGA